GAAAAACCAUGUUAGCCCAUUUGCAGGUUCUAGUACAAUUGUCCUAACUCCUAAGGGGUUGAAGAGAAUAAACAAAUCUCCAGCCUCCAAAAAAUAGUUACAUCCUCAAAGGCAACCUUGUUGACACGGCAUGAGCAUGUAGUGGGGGCGACAAGUGCAUCCGCAUGACUCUCAGGCAAACUGUGGUGAUGAUGACAUAGCAAAAUCUGAGCAAGCUGUGUAUUCAUCUAAAAAUGGUACAGAAGUGACUCAUGAUAAAAGUGGUUUGCAGUUUGAUGGAAAGAUAACUCCACCAAACAAGGCCUGCCCAUGUGGUUCAAAGAAGAAAUACAAGUCAUGUUGUGGUUCUGCUGCUGGAAAGUCUUAUGCCAAAUUGAUUACAUAACUCCACCAAACAAGGCCUGCCCAUGUGGUUCAAAGAAGAAAUACAAGUCAUGUUGUGGUUCUGCUGCUGGAAAGUCUUAUGCCAAAUUGAUUACCAACCAAACGGCUGAUAAUGGAAAAAAAGGGCAGAAAGACAAAAGGCAAGGAAAGAAGGGCAAGAAUGUGAAUGUCGCUGCAGGUUCUAAUCAUCAAUGUGCUGAACUACCUGAUAUGGGUGCACUCUGUAUAUAAUAAUAUGGGAAUGUUAAUUGGUAAGGGCGACUAUGAGGCCGAAAAUGUAAGUGACAUUGCCCUGUUUUGCCCUUAUCACUCCCAAGCAUAUUCCCAUUUAUUACAUUGAGCUCUGUUCCUUGACCACUACACAGUCAUCUGCUUAAUAUUUGGAUACUAAGUACACCAUAGUAAAUACUGUCUGCAAAU